AUGGGCAGACUAGAAGGAAAAGUGGCACUGGUCAGUGGAGCUGGCAGUGGUUUCGGCGAAAGCAUAGCCCAUGCUUUUGUCAAAGAGGGCGCCAAUGUCUUGAUUAGCGACAUUGCGGUCGAUGGUGGCAAGCGAGUUGAAGCCGACAUUGCAUCCAAAGCGUAUCCCGGCGGCGGCUCGGGAGUCUUCGUCGAACACAACGUAACCAAGCGCGAAGACUGGGAGAAGGCACUUGAGCUGGCCAAAUCGAAGUUCGGGAAGCUUGAUAUUGUUGUCAACAAUGCAGGAACCACUUACAAGAAACAGCCAUCGAUGCGCGUGACAGAAGAGGACUUCGACCGGAUAGUCAACGUCAACUGCAAGAGCAUCUUCAUGAGCGUUUCGGUGGUGAUGCCUUACUUUGUUGAGCGGAAGCAGGGAGUGUAUCUCAAUACAUCGUCCGUCGCUGGUGCAAGGACAAGGCCUGGGCAGGUAUUCUAUGGUGGAACGAAGGGAUUCCUCAACACCGUAACGCAAGGUUUGGCAGCAGAGUACGGACCAGAGGGCAUUCGAGUCAACUCAAUAUGCCCAUUGAGAGGAGCCACGGGUUUGCUUGAAAUGUUCAGCGGGACCGCGGACACGCCUGAAGAGCGCGAGAGGUUCGCUAAGUCCGUGCCGCUGGGGAGGAUGUCGGAGCCGCAGGAUAUCGCCAAUGCUGCAGUAUACCUAGCUAGCGACGAGGCGAGCUUCGUCAGCGGUGUUAACUUGCCAAUAGACGGUGGCAGGUUGGCUGUGUAG